AUGCUGAAAAGCCAAGAAUUUAUUAGUUUCUUUGCUGAGCUAGGCAGCUCUCUUCAAGUUCCUGACCAUCUUUCAGAGGGCUUGGAAAGGUUCGUUUGUGCAUUAUGCGGUAACAAGGUGAUGUCUUCGGUGAACAAACUUCAACAUAAGAUGUUUGUCCAAAAAAAUUACGAAAGAGAAGAAAGUCGUUGAUCUUAGCCUUUUGCCACCUUGUGCAACCAACCUCAAGUUUCACAUAAUGCGUGCAAAUUAUGUUGCAUUCAUUUUCAGGAAUGCUAAAAACUUGAUCCUCGAUCUUGAUGACCAAACAUGUCAUGGCUGGAAAGAAGAUGGAAAAGUUAUCUGGGACAGUGUUGCUUACCCCGAUGACGUUAGCGAAAUGUUAAUUGACAGAGAAGAAGAAAGUGACGAGUUUGAUUUCGAGCGAAAUAGUUAUAUUGGAGAUGACAUCGACGAUGAUAUGGAGGAUGAUGAGCAUUAA